ACCAAGCAUGAGGAAGAAGCAGCAUUACUGACAUGUAUCCACUGUGUGGGACACUUGCCGCUGAUCCAGAGACACCAGACUGAGGUCUAUUCGGCAUUGAACGAUGGAUUAAUUGGAUUGACUGAUAAAACAUGGACCUCUUUUCUCUGUUUGUACUCCUGCUUUCAUGCAGGAUUCAAGCAGUUGGAGCUCGGAUGAAGGUGUCACCUCAAACGCUUACCAUCCUGCGAGGAGAGGAGGCCCGGUUUACCUGCAGCACCUCCAACAAUCAUUGGACCGUUAUGGUGUGGCUGCUGAACGGUACAGCGGUUCUCACCAUCUCCAAAACUAGUGGUGUCCUGCCCUCCGUCAAUCCUAAUGUGACGGCCGAGGAAGUCUCACUGGAACGCAGCUGGGUAUUUAUCCUGAAGAACACUGAGAGGCACAACCAGGGACAAGUGACCUGUGACCUCCAGGGCAUUGAUAGGAGAACAGCGAGCCUGUUCGUACAAGAAAAGGGCAGUGUGGAAGUCUUGGGGGACGACAAGUUGGUUUUUAAGGGUCAGUCGGUCCAGUUUGAAUGCCAAGCAGCCGGAUGGUACCCUCAACCUACUUUGCAAUGGCGGGUGUAUGACAAAAAGGUGAGCCAGGGUGAAUACAACAUCAGUAGUGAAGAGUCAGGGAAGAGCCUCUUCACUGUGACCAGCAACCUCAGCGUGACAGCAGUUAAGAGCACUUCUGUGGAUUGUCUGGCCUCUGUGUCUGCCCUCGCCACACCACUGAAAAGCACAGUCCAUCUGAGAGUGGUUGCAGAGGUGGUGCAGGAAGAGGAUGACUGCACAGUCCCACUGGCAGUAACUGCCUCCCUCUCUGGUCUUCUGCUGCUCCUCUUGCUCUGCAUCUGCACUGUCCUCUGGUACAGACAAAGGAGACAAGCAAAAACGAGCCCACAGGAGGCAAGGAGGUUUGGCCAAUCAGUGAGCGGGAGAGGCUCGGUUGCUGGGGAGGCUGGGGGGAAGGUCAACCUGGGAUACUCUAGUGAGGGCCCCACAGAUGCAGUUUACAAUAACGUAAUCAUGGAAACUGGUAGCCAGAUGGACUCUGUCAGCUUUUACAAGGUCCCUGAUGUCGUGUCCUCUAGCAGCCUGUCUCUACACAAUGAGAGCCAAGCCCGGGUGUGUCUAUCAGAGGAAAGCUCCAAGAACGUCAGAAGAAUUACCACAGUUUGAAUAUGUUUGAUGGUAUUUGAUAUAACAAAUAGGUUGUUAAUGAACACUAUUGUACAGUACAGAAUUUACAGGUGGUCCUCACCAGUAUAAUGUAUUACACUUUUGUAAAGCUUAUGUUAUGUGAUCUUGAGCUAAUUGUGUACAGCACAAUUAAAAAAAAUAUUAUGAUACAUCUACCUUUUACAUUUGCUGUAUCCCUAAAAUAUGUCAUCUUU